GGAGGAUUUAAUUUACCUUCAACUGAUUUGUCAAAUGAACCGCCCAGGCGCGAUUUGCAACGCGGGAAAGACUUCCAGAAGUAGGAGCUGUAUCCACAUUGACCUUGUGAACAUCGGACUUUCUAUUUUUGUAAAUUAAUGAAUAUUUGUGCAAUUUUUAAUAAGGAAUUGUGGCGCGGUUUUCUACGUCGCUGGAAAUGAAGAAUAUUUUCACUCCUGAUUGAGAAGCUGCAUUUGGUGGGACACUUUCAGUAAUAUAGCUACCUAACCCAACUUCUGUUAGAAGGCUAUUUUGCUAACGUUAAGCUACUUGAUAAAAACGCGUUUAGCCUAUCUUUGGAUGACAAAGUGAUUCCUGAACACCAUUGUGAUACAAUUUGAGAUGUUAUCAGUUUUGAACAAAUCAGUCUUCAUCUCAGCGAUGGCCGAGAACAAGCACCCUCAAGUCAUUUUUUGCAGCGACUCCCCGAAGAGGGUCCUGGUGUCUGUGAUUAAGACCACCCCGAUCAAGCGCAGGAAGAGCGGGUCCCUGAUGCCGACCAGCCCUGGAUUCAGCGACUUCAUGGGGUGCCCGUGGGGGUGGGGGGAGAACGCCCAUAAUGUGAGUCUGAGCCCUGGCUCGGUGAACGGGGCUGCCUCACCUACCGGGACCAACACCGCCAGCGAGGCUGACCUGGCUGCCUCCUCUGACCAGUUUAAGGACGGUAUUCGGCGUGGCCGCCCGCGUGCUGACACUGUCCGUGAGUUGAUCAACGAGGGGGAGAGCUCCUCCAGUCGCAUCCGCUGCAACAUCUGCAAUCGUGUGUUCCCCAGAGAGAAGUCCCUACAGGCCCAUAAGAGAACACACACAGGGGAGAGACCAUACCCGUGUGACUACCCUGACUGUGGCAAGGCUUUUGUCCAGAGUGGCCAGCUAAAGACCCACCAGCGCCUGCACACUGGAGAGAAGCCCUUUGUCUGCUCUGAGAAAGCCUGUGGCAGUCGCUUUACCCACGCUAACCGGCACUGCCCAAAGCACCCGUAUGCCCGAUUGAAGAGAGAGGACCCCAAAGAGGGACCAGGCAAGGCCCAGUCUGUGGACAAUAAGGCUGUGGCAGAGUGGCUGGCAAAGUACUGGCAGACCCGUGAGCAGCGUGCCCCUGUGCCCACCAAAGGGAAAAUCCAGGACAAGGGUGGGGUGGAGGACCAGGAGCAGCAGGACCCCCGGGAGUUUCUCCAAUCAGACGAGGAAGAAGAGGAGGAUCCAAUGGAGGAAGAGAAGGGCAACGGGGGUGGGGCUGCCAGACGGCGUCUCCAAGAGCAACGGGAGCGUCUUCAUGGUGCCCUGGCGCUCAUUGAGCUGGCUAAUAACCUGUCUGCCUAAAUCCCCGCCCACAUCCCAGUCCUGAAACCUUUCCCAGUCAAUCCCCUUCUGCCUCCCUACGCAGUAUGCUUGGGAUAGAAGUUUGCCUGUAGGGAAAAACAUCUAGGAUAAGCUUACCCUCCCCAAAUACUUAACCAUUAAUGGGGGGUGGGGGGGGCUAAGCUGACCUUAGAUUAGUAUGUGGAGGGAACUCCUCCACCUGCAGUGUGGGGCAGGCACAAGCUUAAAGCACCUUAUCCAGCUUCCAAUGUUACCUUAUUGGGCUGCUAUGAUUGUAGAUGUCAUUAUUUGAUGAAUGUUUUACUCUCCUCUGUCUUCUAAAGAAAGGAGGAGAGAGGAACUUUGAAUGUUUUUUUGUUUUGUUUGCACUUUGGUGGUAACGAGUUAUUUGCUGUCUUUUACUUCGGAACUUAAGCAUAUUGUGUGCUUGUGAUUGUGUGCUUGUGAUUGUGUGAAGCAUAUUGUGUGCUUGUGAUUGUGUGAAGCAUAUUGUGUGCUUGUGAUUGUGUGUCUAUUCAUAUAAUGGAUGUAUAUGUGGAUUUAGCUCAGAUGGAAGGAGUGGUACAGGGUGCGUUCAGACGUAGGAUGACUUAGGUGUAUCUAAAUACUCUGAUCUGGACUGUGACAGGAUACAGUAGGUGAAAAAGAAAUGCUGUGGAAGCCUAUCAGGGGAUUUUGCUUCUACCUGUCUAGUUCUUUCAGAUCAGUGCAGAUGAAGGAGAGUAGAUGAGGGGAGAAAGUCACUGUAGAGACUCUUGAGAUGCAACCCACUGUUAGAAGAGGUGGGCAUUGCAAGUCCACUCUAGAGUAGUAGCUAGGCACAAGCUUUCACAAGAAUCCAAGCUCUGACACCUUCACCGGUCAAACGAAUCCCACCCAGACCUGUAGCUCUAACCCAGGGGAGGGACAACUCGGGUCCUGGAGAGCCGCAGAGUGAGCAGAUUUAGCUCCAUCUCAGCCCUUAACAAACCUGAUCCAAAUGGUCAUCUUAUCAUGGCAGUUUAGACCACAAUCAGUCGACCCGGGUGUGUUAGAGCUAUGGCUGUGCAGGCGUUGACCGUCCCUGCUCUAACCAAAUCACAUCACCGGACAGAAGGAAGAGGAAGACAUGCAGAGCCAGGAUAUGUAAAGUCAGGAGUGCUGCCACCUUUUAUAUUAAAAGAUGCUAGCUGAUUGGAGAUACGGACGUGGUAGCGUUCAUUGGUGGUGUACGUACAAGCCUUCUUUGCAAUCAAAGCUUCCAUAGGUAUUUAUUUCAUCAUAUUUAUUUGACCUUAAUGACGAAAGCGAUUUGCUAUCACAAGCUUUCUCCGAGUACGGACAUACUGAAUAAUUCCACUGAGCAGUAUUGAUCAUGUCCCUCCUCGGUCAUUUAGUAUAUCCAUGUCAAGUAAUAGCAAUUAGAAUGUCACACCCCUUUGCAGCAGAACUAGUAUCUAUCUGCUAUUAAGUUUUGCCUUUAUGGAUUAAGUUUCCACUUCUCAGACCGGUCUAGAGAAAUGUCUAGAGGAUGUAAUGAUUGCCUGGCGUUGGCGUUUUAUUAUUUGUUAGCAACACUACAUCUUUUAACAUUGUGUAAAGGUUUUAUGAUCAAUGGUCAAUUGUUUUUAAAUAUAUGUUUUGGUUGUUUGAUUAGGUUUGUGCUUCUCGCAAUACCCAAGUCCUUUAUUGGCCAUAUGUGAUUCAAUAUGUUGUAUCCCACUGGGACACAAACUGGUUGAAUCAAUGUUGUUUCCACAACAUUUCAAAAAAAAAUGUCAUGCAAUGUUCUGACGUUAAAUCAAUUUGGAAAACUGUUUUGGAUUUACAAGAAGUCAUCAACAUGAAGGUAUUUUGGUUUGUAUUUUUCUCACCCAACUUUUAACCAAUGACAUGGUAAAAAAAAAAAAGAUUUCACAUUGAAUUCACUUUACUUUACAAUUCAAACAAAUGUAAAUAAAACUAGACGUUGAAUGGACCACACUGUCCAGUGUGAUAACGUGUCCUGUACAUCUUUUGAUGGAGUACAGGCUAAACUGGACAACAGUUAUUAUUUGAUAGUCAAAGCACCAAAUGAUGUAUUAUUAUACCCAAGUAUAAUGUAUAUAUCUUGUUUUUCUAACUCAUUGUUUAUUAUUUGGUUUCAAAAUGUUUUGUCAGUUAAUAUAUUCCCUAACUUGUUUGUUAGAAAAAGAGAAGGAGAAAAAUGACUGCACACAAUCUACAGUACAAGAGCUUGAAGUUCAUGUGUAGAUGAUUGUGAAAUUCACUUUCUCUCCCACCGUGUUAAACAGACCAUAGUCAGAAUUGGUGUGUUUUAGGCCUUGAUAGGAAAUGUUCUGACUUGCUCUGUGGAGAUGACAUUGUUGGUGUUUAAAGCCGAGAUUAUUUUUAUAGGCAGUCCACUGUUGGUACUAGUUGGUCUUCAAUAAACACCAUCAUUGAUCAUGGA